AUGACCAACCUACUUCGUACUUCUUUGUUGAGGUCUUUGCUCAAGUCUUCCUUCAAAGUUCCAACACGUCGAGUACGCCUGACGCCCUUAUUACAGGUUCCUGAGAGAAGCAACAUUUUAGUUCCAAGAUUCCGCGGUUUUUCCACGACCUGUCUUCGAUCACUACCCGCUGCCUCAAUCGACAAAGAGUUGUCAUCCAAGCUAGCUGACGAACUUAAGUACGAAAAAGAAAAUGAAACCCUUGCACCAACUCCCGAUUUCAUAAAAAACUUCUUGUCACAGAACCCAUUCAAAGCUGGUAAAGGCGCAUUAGGAUUCGAAUCUUUGGUUACCGAUGGUGUCUUUCUCAUAAAUUACGUGUCAUAUUAUCAUGAUGCUAAAUUGGCUGGUGAUUGGACAGCUGAGGCGGACUGGAAACGGAGAGGUUACUAUCCGGGCCCACAAUUCGACACAUUGGAUAAUGAUGUACAAGUUCUCUUUGAGAAAUAUUUGGAGGAACGUGGUAUAAAUACUGCAGUUGCUCUCUUCAUUCCAAAUUAUGUUGAAUACAAGGAACAGAAAGAAUAUGUCUCAUGGUUGGAGAAUGUGAAAAGAUAA